UUGUAUCAAAAUAAAUGUAGUACUGUAAUCCCUGAAAGUGUAGUAGUUCAGGCAAUGUUCUAUUUUAGUUCUAUUUAGUUCUAUAAUUUCUAUGUUCUGAAAUACAAAUGGCAUCCUGUUUGUUGACUCAGGUCUCAGAUUCAGGUAUUUCCGUGUGAUUGUGUGUUCAGCCCUGAUUGAGCGACACACAGCAGUUCAAAGGUCACGCUGCUCUGAGUCUGUCUCUGAUCGACAGGAGCAUUAGCCAGCAGGUCGGAGGACGAGAGCCACGUUUCUGAGCUGAGAAUGCCAUCUCGUCCGCGUCAGUGUGUGCUGAGCGCGCUCCUGUUGAGUCUGCUGCUGUUUCUCAGCUCUCUGUGGCUGCCUCAAGGAAGCAUUCAGAGUUGUGAUCAGUCGUGGGGGCCUUGUCUAAACGUGUAUUCACCAACCAGACAGGUGGCUCCCGCUGCUGUUCCUGUGGAGCUGGGAGGAAAUGACAUCAUCGGGGAGUGCACUGGCCAACAGUUCCAGGUGUCCCGCCUCCUGCUGCACCUAAACUCCGCCCUUGGCCCCGCCUCCGACGUGCUGCUGGAUCCCUAUCUGCUCUGCUGGGAGGAGCUCAUCAAGUUUAUGGAGGCCCUGGGACCUCUGGUGGGAUUUUUCACUCAUAAAGUUGAGGAGAAGAUCACACUCAUCCGACAGCUCUCGCUGGAAGAAUCCGCCAGACCGAACGCAAUCCCCGAUGAGCGUGUAGCCCCGCCCCCUCCACACGCCUACCGCUCCGUGCGCUCCAUGCUGGAGGCGGAGCUUCAGAGGGGCGUGGUCUCUUUUGACACGGAAACGCCCUCCGGCAGUCGGACUUUGCUCCGCCUCCACCGCUCGUUGUUAUGGCUACAGCUGCUGCUAGAGAAGCUGGGCACGGAGCGCGAGGGGCGGAGCAUGGGCGAUCUUUGCCGUGAUGCGUACCUGGAGGUUUUAGCGCCGCAUCACCCCUGGCUUGUGCAGCGUGCGGCAGAGCUGGUGUUCCGCACGAUGCCCGACCGCAGCGCGUUCCUGCAGCUGGUGUGCGUGCGCACGCAGGAGGAGGCGGAGCCUGUCAUGCGCGUCGUCGUCGCAGCCAUCCGAGAAAUUCACCGACGGACUCAGAAAGAGCUGGAGAUCAGAAACAUGUUGGACCUGCCUUAACACACACAUACAAACACUCCAGCGCAACACGAGGAAAUUUCUGUAAUAUAGUCUAUCUAUCUAUUAAUAUUCCAACGUAAGAGUGGCUUUUUUUUAGCUUGAAUGUGCAAGACUUCCGGUGUCCUGUCAUUUAUCCCAGCCGCCAGAUUUUCCUUCCAGGUUUCACUGCGCAUGCGCACAUCGAUAUUACUUCAUUUUUCCCAUGCUGAACAGCACACAAUUACUGUAUUUGCAUUACUUUAAUGGUAGGUGUAGACGUUAAUAAACCAUAAUUUUACAGCUAGCAUUUUUCGUUGUCAAACCGUACUUCCUACUUUUUUAGCGAGAUCUGACAGGGUUGCACAAAUUGACAAAACCUCUCUCAGUCAUUUUUCCUGAACAAAACAGCUCGUUCUUGAUAUUGCAAACUUAAAUUUUGUUUUUAUAUUAUAUUAAUUUAUUAUCAUAUUCGUGAACAUGCUGGUUUGCAGUGCAAAUAGUUUUACUGUAGCGACUAACGGACCGGAAGUCUCCCACAUUCACAGAAAAUGGCUUACUUCCGUGUUGCAAAAUAAGGUGGGCAUUAUGUAUCCUAAUGUAUAAAAUUUGUCUUGUUUAUGAUAUGUGUGGUUCUGUUAUGUUUUUACAUUUUUAUUAGUGCUGGGCAAUGAUUGAUUAAUCACAUCCGAAAUAAAAGUUUUUGUUUAUAGAAUACAGUAUAUAUUUAUCAUGUAUAAAUACACACACAUUUCCUACAGUGUAUUGUUUGAAAAUAUCGACAUGUAUAUAGAAUAUAUAUCAUUUUAAAAAUACAUUUAAUCUAUAAACAGGUUUUUCUUAAAUAUUUACAUGCAUGUGUGUAUUUAUUUAUACAUAAUAAAUAUACACAGUACACACACACACAUAUAUAAAGAAAAACGUUUCAUUUGGAUGUAAUUAAUCGUUGACCAGCACUAAUUUUUAUAUGCUCUUAUGGGAAGUAUUGAUUGAUUUUAGCACUUGCACUGGUUGCUAGGCUCUUCCGACUGCCUUUUAUCAUGUUGCUAUGCGGUUGCUUGGCGUUUUCUUCCUGUCUGUUGUAAAAAAAAAGAGUGAAAUGUUCUCGUCUCUUAUCUGUACACCAGAUGUCGCAGUGUACCUAGUUUCAUUAACUUAUUUAAUAUCAGGGAAAUCUCAUUAAUAGAUCUUUACACAUUUGACCAAAACAUUUUAACAAACGCUUACAUUCUAAGGAACAAAGUUAUUAUUACACAAAAUCAUCCGUGUUUGUAGCUCAAAGACAUUCAAAUACUCAAAUGAAACAAUGUUGCGGGUUGCUCUUUCAAAGCUCUGUUAAUGUAGCAACUUUCAGAUGUUUCUUCUAAAAUGAAGUCAAAAUAGACACAUUUAUGUCGUCAUGCAGUAAGAGUAUAAAGCAAUAAAAUGGAUGUUUAAAGCA